GGGAUGUUGGCGACCAAGGAUAAAACAAUCAUGAAGCGGAAAAGAGUAGCGGAGGAAGACAAGGCUGCUCGUUAUGCAGGCAAAUUGCACCACUGUGCUAAAGAAUUGAAGAAAGCUGCGAAGAAGGCUAAGGACUUUGAGAUCCGUAAACUAGUGAAGCGGCUGAAGGGCCUCCGGGUGAAGAAACCCGCACCACCUGAGCUUAGAGAUUUGGAAGAGCAGCUGGUACUGCUGAAAGAAAUUGAUCAUAAAACCAUCGCCAGCAUGGCGUUGAAGACGAAACUGAAGAAGGAUAAGCAACUGUCCGAAAAUGAAAACCUCGUCGCUGCGAUUUCACAAGAGCUCAGCUGCCUCAUUGUACCUGCGCAGCCCGGCUCGAACCUUGCCAAGGUGCAAGGUCGUUUGCUGAGCCACAAGGUCAUCGCCGCCGAGGUGCAUACUAUCGUUGAGGAUGUUCGAACUACGGUAUUCCCAGAAUUGAAGCUGACCGCUGUGACUGAGGCUUCCGAUGGUGAACUACACGAGGAUGUUCCUUUACGACCCACGAAGAAGGUCAAGAUGGUCUCAGCAGGCCCCGAGAAGACUGACGAGGGGGAUUCCGAUGAUGAAAGUUCGCUGAAUAAUCGAGUGACUAUCUCCGAUGAGGAAGAGGUUGCGGACGACGGGUGGGACUCGGGAACUGUGCAUGGAGAAUCAGAUAGUGAAGAGGAAGAAGAUAACAAGGCAGAGGACAAUGGGGUAGCAUCCGAAGUAAAGACUAAGGAUGGUGAAAGCGACGACGAGGAUACAGUCUCCCGUUCAAAGCAGCCGCCGAGGAAGACUCCGCCUCCGAGAGCCUCCACGAGCAAGAAAGGAGAGUCGACGUUUUUUCCUUCGCUAGCUGUUGGAUUCACCCGGGGUGACUCCGACGCGUCUGACUUGAGUGAUGCUGAAGUUGCGCGCGCGGAGGGUGGUGCCAGAAAGAACAGAAGGGGUCAGCGGGCCAGGCGAGCCAUCUGGGAGAAAAAGUACGGCAAGAAUGCCAAUCAUUUCAAGAAACGUGAAACUUUCGGAGCAGUAAAAGGUUACCCGAAUAAGACGAGUGACCGAGAUGUAAAUGGAUCUCGCGACAACCCGCGCGGCAACUCUCAGGCUAACAAGAGGCCGCACGCUCAGGCGCAAUCUAGAAACGUCACAUACUCUCAAAGAGCGUCGAGUUCACAUGUAUCAUCAGUGCAGACAGGCCCGACAACGCGGAAGGAGAGAGACAAGCCGCUCCAUCCAUCAUGGGAAGCAAAACGCAAGCUGAAGGAGAAGCAAAAUCCGGCACUCAUUGCGCCUCGGGGCAAGAAGAUAGUCUUCGAGUAGUAUUUUCAACCUUCUCUCUCCUGUAGCUCCUGUCUGCCUUGCUCGACUUUAUUCGUAUGAAAUUGUGAUUAGUGCUACGC